ACUUGCAAGUGAUUACUGAGCUUAAAAUCAGCCAGUUUGUUUGUUCUGUGUAAAAAUAUAAUCCAACAUUUCAUUAUCAAUUAAAUUACAUUAUUUAUUUACAAAUUGUAUUGAUACAAUUUAUUUGACAAGAUUAAAAAUCCUAUUAUCGCUUAUCAUCAUAAAAACUUCAUAAAUAUCGAAAUAAUUUCGGAUACAUCAAUGUUUAUCUAUAUGAUAGCAAAUUUGUUGUGUGGUACAUAAAUAAGCAGAAACUCUUAUUAGAAAUUCCGUUGUAUAUAAUUGGAAUGUUCGAAUAUUAAAGAAGUUCACAUAUUUAAGUUUCACUUUGUGAUUUUGAAUGGGAGAGGAGAGACUCUAAUAAGUUACAAUGUUAUCUGCAUUAAGAUCUUCAGUUAACCGAACAAUCAGUAAAUCAUUUUCAACUACAUUAAUAAAUACAAAAGAACCAUUAAUAGAUCCAACACAAGCAGCAUUGUUAAAUGAAAAAUGUUUCCUGGUAGAUACAAAUGAUAAUAUUAUUGGACAAGCUAAUAAGAAAGAAUGCCACUUAGUACAACCAAAUGGAGACAUUCCUUUACACAGGGCAUUUAGUGUUUUUCUGUUUAACAAGAGAGGAGAUUUACUUUUACAAAAGAGGUCAUCACAUAAGGUAACUUACGCCAAUACUUAUACCAACUCGUGCUGUAGUCAUCCGAUAGCAGAUUAUCCAGAAGAAGCGGAAAACGUCAUCGGAACUAAAAAAGCAGCCAUCCGCAGAUUAAAUUACGAACUAGGUAUUCCAAAGGAACAAUUGCAUUUAGAUCAGCUCCAAUACAUGACUAGGAUACUAUACAAAGACGAAGGAGAUGGCAUUUGGGGAGAACACGAAUUAGAUUAUGUAUUCAUUCUACAAAGCGAUUUGAAAAUCAAACCUAAUUCAAACGAAAUAUCUGAAAUUAGUUAUGUACCUAGAGCGGAAUUAGAUUUUUUUCUUAAAGAAAUGAGGGAUCCUUUUACUCCUUGGUUUAUGAUUAUUUUGAAACAUAGAUUGAGACUUUGGUGGGAUAAUUUGGAUCGUCUCGAAGAUUUUGCCGACCACGACAAGAUAUAUCACUUUAAAAAGUGAAUGCAUUUUACUUUGUGUCCUUGUAUAUUAAGAUUUAUAUAUUAAAAAAGUUAAGUGAAAUAAAGAAAUAUCGCUAA